AUUAUUUUCUUUUCUUUUCCGGGAUUGUUGAUUUCAUUUUCCCGGGAAACAAACAGAUGAUAGUCCCGCCAUGGCUUGAAUCUUUACUCUCCACAGGGUUCUUCUUCCUCUGCCCUUCGCACAAAGACGCCCCACGAAGUGAAUGCAAUAUGUUCUGCCUGGACUGCCCCCAUGGCUCCUUCUGCUUCUACUGCCGAUCCAAUCACCACCAUGAUCACCAUGUCAUUCAGAUUAGGAGAUCGUCGUACCAUGACGUGGUGAGAGUGGCAGAGAUCGAGAAGGUUUUGGAUAUAAGUGAAGUUCAAACGUAUGUAAUAAACAGCGCUAGAGUUUUGUUUCUAAACGAGAGGCCGCAACCGAAGAACUCUGCAAGUAAAGGGAGCUCUCAAUCUCAUGUUUGUGAGAUUUGUGCUAGAAGUCUCUUGGAUCCCUUUCGUUUUUGCUCCCUAGGUUGCAAGGUCGUGGGAAUAAAGAAUAACGGCGAUUCGAACUUCUAUCCGAGGGGGGAGAAUAAUGAAGAAGUUUUGGGCAGAAGAUUGGGAUCAAAGGAAGAGGAAGAAGAAUUGCUUGAAAGGAGGAAGCAAGAAGCUGAAAUAUACCAUCACACGCAUCCUUCACAUUCCAAUUCAAGGAGGAGGAAAGGCAUCCCUCAUAGAGCACCUUUUUAAUAUAUUUAUUUAUUUAUUCACUAAUUUAUA